GCUAACAGUCGCCCAUCCCUACGGAACGUGAACACGUCAGUUUUUAGUUUAUAAUAUUUAUAAGCGAAAAGUUCAGUUCUCAACGGCAGCGAUUCCGAAUUGGAAGUGGCAGCAAUGUCAACAGAGACUGCCUACUUGAUUCGUAUCAUUUAGAAAAUCCAAGCAAUCAAUUCACCAAGCCGGGAAUAACCGAAUAAAAAUCGCAGACGGUUCCGAAAGUUGACCAAAAACGGACGCAAAAUCUAUAAUAGCCGAGAGAAGAAGGCCGCUAGCUGAAGAGGGGGCGGGGUGCAACUGUAGAGAUUAGCAGCUGCCACGCCAAGCAGAUUUGACGUUCGUGUCGAUAUUAAAACAACUCCAAAUCACGCCCACACAGGUUUUGUGGGCCCAUCAUCCAAGUACACGUAGCCAUCAUCAUGGCCUUGCCAUUGAGCGACCUUCUCAUGAUUGGCGGCGGGGAGAAGAAACUAACCGCCUGUCUUGUACUCCUUCUUCUGGAGCUGUUCCUGGAGGGAGCCGAGUCGUCGGCGAGUCCAGCGGAUAUUGAGAACCAUCUAGAGCUGGGAAAGGAAUUCCUUGCCCGGGGACAGCUGUCGGAUGCACUAACACACUACCAUGCGGCUGUUGAGGGUGAUGCCAAUAACUAUCUGACGCUAUUUAAGCGCGGUACUGUAUAUUUGGCGCUGGGCAAAACGCGUUUUGCCGUCCAGGACUUCAGUAGGGUCCUGGAGUUGAAACCAGAUUUUACAGCCGCUCGCAUUCAGCGCGGUGUAGUUCACAUGAAAAGCGGAGAGUAUAAACAAGCAAUCGUGGACUUUGAGCAAGUACUUCGAGAAGAACCCAACAACGGUCUGGUGCUGGAGCACUACUCUCGUUUGGCCCCUGCGCAAGAGCAAUGGCUUCUUGUGCAGCAGUUAAUUCAGAAUAGUGACCACCAAAAUGCUAUAUCCAUGAUCACACAGCUGCUGGAAAUCUCGCCGUGGGCGGUGCCUUUCCGACAGGCUCGUUCAGAUGCCUACAUUGAAGUUAACGAUCCACUGUCCGCCAUAGCCGAUUUACGACAGGUGAACCGUCUCACACAGGACAGUACUGAGGGUCACUACAAAAUCGCCCAGCUGCUAUACGCCAUUGGUCAUGCUACGAAUGCCUUGAAGGAGAUCCGUGAGUGCCUGAAGUUUGAUCCUGAGCAUAAGCUCUGCUUCCCUUUCUACAAGAAACUCAGAAAGGUUGAAAAGCAGCUGGUAAACGCAGAGCAAGCGCGCGAGGAGAAGCAGUUUGCUGAAUGUAUUUCCGCCGGAGAGGCGGUGCUUCGUCACGAACCGGAGGAGACGAUGAUUCGGUAUGAGGGUCACAAAGUGCUCUGUAAUUGCUACACGGGCGACGAGCAGUUUGGUAAAGCCCUGCAGCAGUGCAAAGACGCCCUGGAUAUUAUGAAGGAAGCCCAAGUUUACUGUGAUCGGGCAGAGGCGCUGCUGGGUACCGAGAUGUACGACGAUGCCAUACACUCCUACCAAGCGGCACUCGACCUGGAUGAGAACAACUCCCGCGCAAAAGAAGGCAUUCAGCGCAAAAAGCUGCAAAAGCAGUCAGAGCGUAGGGAUUACUAUAAGAUAUUAGGCGUUAAGCGAAGCGCCAACAAACAGGAGAUUGUGAAAGCGUACAGAAAGGCAGCGCAAAAGUGGCAUCCGGAUAACUUCCGGGACGAAGAAAAGAAAGUGGCCGAAAAGAAGUUCAUCGACAUCGCCGCCGCCAAGGAAGUUCUUACCGAUCCCGAGAAACGACGGCAGUUCGACAAUGGAGAGGAUCCCCUAGAUCCCGAGGGCAAUCAGCGUGGUGGCUUCCACGGCGAACAUCCGUUCGGACACUUCCAGCAUGGGUCGCCGUUCCAGUUCAAGUUCCACUUCAAUUAGUCAGCCAGUGCCGUCAGCAGCCAUUUGCUUUGUGAUGUCCUAACCACUAUCCCCGAUAUCCUUCGACGAUUUUACACUGUUUGUUUUGUUCAUUUAAAUGGCGUGUAAAUAGUAGCAUAAAGCAUACAACUCCCUUGGUCCGUUGUCAGAAAGUACCACACACACAAAUCGCAACUAACAACACUGAGCACUUACAUUUAAUUAGUUUAUUUAAUACCAUAAUUAUAAUGUAGUACAUUUUUCUAAUUAUGUAUAAAAAGAAAUAAUGAGAAAACAAGCAAUUAAAGACUUGGAAAUUUGAACUGAA